UCUCUCUUCCAUCUUUCUCUCUCUCAUUUGCAUGUCUUCUUCACUUUGAUUCUCACUCUCUCUCUAAAACCCAUGUCCAUUUUUGUCCCAGAAAGCCCAGGCUUAUUGUUGGCUGCAAAUUCAUCUAUUUCCACUAUGCUUAAGCAGAUUCUUGCAAAACUCCCUCGAAAAUCGUCAAAAUCCAAUCCAAAUUAUUCCGACGAAAGUAAAGGAACCACUGAUUUGAACAACAAUGGUAGCUUUACAAACACUUGUAAUGUUAUUUCAAGUCGGUUAAACGUUGUGAAAAAGAUGUCAUCGUCUAUUUUCCCUACGUCUAAUGGUGAGAUGAUCCAGCCUCAUUUGCCAUUUAAAGAUGUCCAAAACUCAGAAAAGGCAAGGCUUUUGAUCAGUAAAUUGAAUCUUUGCUCGAUUAUAUAUGAUUUUAAUGAUCAUGAUAAAGAUAACGUCGAGAAAGAUCUAAAACGCCAAGUUUUAGUCGAGAUUCUUGAUUUCCUAGUUUCUGAAUCCAUAAAACUCAGUGAACCUGCCAUGUCUGCGAUUUGUAAAAUGUGCGGAGACAAUAUGUUCCGUGAGUUUCCUCCAAAAUACUCCAAUUCAUCACGUGGUGAAAUGGAAGAUGAAGAUCCUUGGUUUGAUCCAGCCUGGUCACAUCUACAACUUGUUUAUGAAAUACUCCUUAGAUUUGUUAGUUUAAGCUCCGUUGAUCCAAAAGUUGCUAAACAAUAUAUCGAUCACCCGUUCUUGUUGAGAUUACUCAAUCUCUUUGAUUCCGAGGAUCCACGAGAACGUGACUGUUUGAAAUCGGUAUUACAUAGAAUUUAUGGUAAAUUCAUGGUUCAUAGGCCGUUUAUUCGAAUGUCUGUCAGCAAUAUUAUCUACCGCUUUGUGUUUGAAACUGAAAAACACAAUGGCAUUGCUGAAUUAUUAGAGAUUUUUGGUAGUGUGAUUAGCGGAUUCGCAUUGCCGUUAAAGAAAGAACACAAAAUGUUCUUGUCACGGGUUCUGAUUCCUCUACAUAAACCAAAAUCCAUUGGUAAUUAUCAUCAUCAGCUGACGUAUUGUAUUGUUCAGUUUGUAGAGAAAGAACCAAAACUUAUGAGUGUUGUGAUAAACGGACUGUUAAAAUAUUGGCCUGUGACAAGUAGUCAGAAGCAGUUGAUGUUCUUGAGUGAGUUGGAAGAGUUACUUGAGUUGAUCCGUUCAGAUGAGUUCGAGAAGAUUAUGGUUGAGUUGUUUCGUCGUCUUAGUUGUUGUCUUGAGAGCUACCAUUUUCAGGUGGCUGAACGAGCACACUUCUUGUUGAACAAUGAACACAUACGCCAUCUUAUAAUCUCUAACAGGCAAGUGAUCAUGCCUAUAGUAUUCUCGUCAUUACAACGCAACUCCAAGAACCAUUGGAACCGCACAGUACUGAAUCAAACACAAAAUGUCAUGAAGAUAUUUCAUGAAAUGGAUGAGGCGUUGGUGCUUUCGUGUCAAAGCAAGUACGAUGAGGACAAAUCAGCCAUCACUGUGGUAGCUGAGAGACGGCAAUUAACAUGGGAGCACCUUGAAAAUGUUGCCAGCGGUAGUGUUGGUGGUUUCCAACCUAUAGUUGGAAACAUUUCUGUUUUAGAGAAAACCGCCACUGCUACGUGUGUUGUCUCUUGAUAGUGAAGUACUGAGCACUUAGUUAACAGUUUUCUGUAUUAUCUCGAAAGAGAUCUCACCAAGUGUCCUGAGAUCUCCAAUGUUACGGUUUUUUAUUGCAAGAGAUCUCAACCAAGUGUCAUGAGAAGCUCCAAUGUUUGAUAUUGUUUUUGUAGUUUGAGAGUGUUAUUGCUCUCAACUCAACAAUGGUGUUAUGUAUAUCAGUGGUCUUGUGUCAA